UAAUGUGUCAGGGUGUUGAACGUGUUUGUACAGUCGUGUUUGUAGAGUAGUAAACACUAGCAGCUCCUGGACUCUAAUCUUUGUUCCAUUUAUUGGCGGACUAACUUCACGGCUUUGUUCCUGACAGCUUCUUUCCUCCUCAACAACAAAGUUUUCCCUGCCUGUCUCUCAGCGGAGUAGAAAAAUGAAGUUUCUGGAGUUAGGGGACUCCAUCAGUCGCUUCAGGUUUGCUCAGUCCUGUGUGGGGUUGGCAGGUUGCCUGUGUGUGUGCUAUGCAGUCUCGACACCCUUCUGGCUGAAGGAGAGGGGACUCUGGGCAGAGUGGAAUAACAAUACCGCUGAUCAAGAAGGUCGUAAACACGGCACUGUCUUCAAUGCCCAGGAAGCAGAGAGGGUAUUUGGGGUUCUUUCCUUCCUGAUGGCCAUGAGCACUGGAGCUCUGUGUCUCGUGUUUGCCCUCUGCUGGACGUCUCAGACGGUGCGCUCCUACUCCAACACUCGCUCUCUCCUCAUGGCAGGACAGGCCCUCUACCCCACCACCCUGCUGCUACUCACCAUGGCCUCCACAGGUUUCUUCUUCCUCCUCAGCUGGUCUUUUUUCACAUAUCAGCACCGAGAAGAAAUCCGUCAAGACAUCUCCAGCCUCGGCUCUUCCUACUGGCUUGGGGCUGUAGGCUGGGUCCUGCUGCUGGUCGUGGAGAUGAUAGUCUUUAUCGCUGAACAAGUUGUCGUUCCAGACAUCCUACCAGACUUGGAGAAGGCUGUGGAGUCGUGGCGGAUUUCGUCUCAACAUAAUGCCUCUAAACGAUUUUUAAGCGAUGGCUAUAACUCUGGUAACAGCAAAAGCAACAUGAGUCCAAACAGUUGUAUGUCAUCACUUUGAAUGGCGUGGAGACAUGGGGACAUGACAGAUUGAUGAUUGAGAUUGAAUGUGAAAGUGAAUGUGUGAAAGUUACACAUUAAUGCACACAGACUCAGAGAAAGCAGCAAUCCUGUGGCUUUUAUGACCGAAUACUGAUUAACUGUGUUUGGAAUUUGGAGUUAAAUGUUGUCUAGUGGAAUCAAGAUUAGCUGAAUCCUGAAGUCAGUGGGACUGAAUGCUCCAGCUUCCUGUUGACCGUGGUGGCAGUUUGUUUUCAAUAUGGACUGAAAUCAAAUGAAAAACACACUAAGGACCAACAAUGCUGGCAGAGAAACUUGACACCAAAUGUAAGAUGAGAACUGUCCUUCGACAAGGUGACGAGGAGGAAUUGGUGUUUGCAAAGAUUUAAAAACUCACAAAUGUUUGUCCAAGUUUGCCUCUGGGCCGGGAACACAUCCAAGUUUUAACUUUGAACUUGUACCUUUACCUGAACCAUUUAGUAGGUGCUGCAGUGUACUUGAUGAAUGUUAAAAUAGUUCCAUCUUGUGAUGACCAUGUGACACUUUUGAGAGUAAAACUCAAUCAAAGAGGAAUUGUUUAUUUCAAAAUAUUCAUUUUAUUGGUUGAAAUGUGUGGCGAAAGCUUUAAUAUAUGAUGUAAGGGUACGUCAUGCCGAUUGUGAAAUACUACAGCAAAUAAUACAGUAUUCUUUUCUUUAUGUAUGCCGAUGACGAGCAAUAGCACAAAUACCUGAGGUCAUAAGCUCUUUUAUAUUAUCCCUUAUUUUAAUUUUAAAAAAUACAUAUAUUACAGUCAUAUGGAUACCAAAAUGUACUGCAUGUAUGUUCAACAAACCAUUGUGUGACUGUGCUGUUCUCGUGCUGUCCACACUGCAAAGCUAAAUAAAAGUUGUAA